AUGGCUAUGAUGCCAACAAUCGACCCAACAAUCGACACAACAAUCAACCCAACAAUCGACCCAAAAAUCGACCCGACAAUCGACCCAAAAAAUGACCCAACAAUCGACCCUACAAUCGAACCAACAAUCAACCUAACAAUCAUCCCAACAAUCGACCUAACAAUCGACCCAACAAUCGACCUAACAAUCGACCAAACAAUCGACCCAAUAACCGACCUAACAAUCGACCAAACAAUCGACCCAACAAUCGACACAACAAUCAACCCAACAAUCGACCCAACAAUCGACCCGACAAUCGACCCAACAAUCGACCCGACAAUCGACCCAAAAAAUGACCCAACAAUCGACACAACAAUCGACCCAACAAUCGAACCAACAAUCGACCUAACAAUCGUCCCAACAAUCGACCUAACAAUCGACCCAACAAUCGACCCAACAGUCGACCCAACAAUCGAUCCAACAAUUGACCUAACAAUUGACUCAACCGAACCAACAAUCGAACCAAUAACCGACCUAACAAUUGACCCAACAAUCGACCCAACAACCGACCUAACAAUCGACCUAAAAAUCGACCCAGGAAUCCAAAUAACAAUAUACCCAACAAUCGACCAAACAACGGACCUAACAAUCGACCAAACAAUCGACCUAUUAAUCGACCCUACAAUCAACCCAAUAAUCGACCCAACAAUCGUCCCAACAAUCGACCCAACAAUCAUCCCAACAAUAGAUCCAACAAUCGACCCAAUAUACGACCCAACAAUCGACCCGACAAUCGACCCGAGACCCAAAAAUUGA